CAGUAUGCUAUUGAACUUGCCAUUGGAUUUAUUUUAUGCUUGGAAACAAUACUAGUGGAACAAUAUGCAAUCAAGUAUUAGCAAGCACAUGGAAACAUGCACAUGAGACCUCAACCAAAUAUCAAUCAUUUCUUCAUCCCUAUAAAUUCCCUUCCUCCUCCCAUAACCCUUUCUCUUAAUAUCUCAUGUCUCUCUUUUCUGGCUUUACUCUGGUUUGAUAUGCCAUUUCUAUACUUCGGUAGUAUUGUAGUAAAAAACCAUUGGCAAAGACAUAACACAAAAGAGUGCAAAAAAUCAUGCAGGGCUUCAAGCUGAAGGAGAGAAAAAUCCUGAGAAAGAUCUUAAGCAUUGAUAACUUCAAACAAGAAAAUAAAAAUCCGAAAAAGGAAAGUUGUAGUUUGAAUCAAGCAACAGCAAAAUCAAGAUGUUUCUAUCAUCAAACCAAAAAGAUCUUUGUUGGUUCUUGGAAUAUUGGAGGCAUUACACCACCCAAGAACUUGGACAUGGAAGACUGGCUUGACACAAAAAAUAGUUCAGCUGAUAUUUAUGUUCUGGGGUUCCAAGAAAUUGUACCUCUAAAUGCAACAAAUGUAUUAGGUCCCCCAAACAGAAAAGUUCCUAGUAAAUGGAAUUCUCUAAUUGGGGCAGCCCUUAACAAUAGAACACCAACAAAGGUGGUUCAAGAAGAUAAAAUAGUUGAACCUCAGAAGAUAUAUCCGUUGAGGGAACACAUUUGCACUGAGGGAGAACAUGGACGAGAAUAUUUUCAGUGCAUCAUAAGCAGGCAAAUGGUGGGAAUGUUCAUUACCAUAUGGGUUAGAUGUGACCUCUAUCAAGCUAUCAGACACUUGAGUGUCUCAUCUGUUGGUUGUGGAAUCCUGGGUUGCUUAGGAAACAAGGGUUCAAUAUCAAUUAGAUUUUAUUUGCAUGAAACAAGCUUCUGCUUUAUAUGUAGUCAUCUAGCAUCUGGUGGGAAAGAAGUAGACCGAAGACAAAGAAAUAUUAAUGCAACUGAUAUAUUAUCCAGAACAAUCUUCCCUUCUGGUCCUUUGAAUGAUAUGCCUCAAAAAAUUAUUGAUCAUGACCGAGUAGUCUGGCUAGGCGACUUGAACUACAGGAUCUAUAUGCAAGACUCUGCAACACAAUCAUUGAUCAAGACAAGAGAGUGGGAAACAUUGUUGAAACAUGAUCAGCUCAAGAUGGAGCUGAUGGAGGGCCAUGUGUUUCAAGGUUGGCAUGAGGGAGCUAUAGAGUUUCCACCAACAUACAAGUACCAGCCAAAUUCUAAAGAUUACCAAGCUUGUGAUCAGCAGCAUGCGAGCAAAAAGAGGCGUUCUCCUGCAUGGUGUGAUAGAAUAAUAUGGUUUGGGAAGGGAAUGAAGCAAAUCCAAUACAACAGGAGUGAAUCAAGACUUUCUGAUCAUAGGCCUGUACGAGCAAUGUUCACAGCUGACAUUAAGGUCUCAGAGAAUUGUAUAUGACUCAAAAUAAUUCAAAAUCUUACAAAGGCAUUUCGUCCAAGAGAUUUCAGUUCUAACGGUACCAUUUCUCAAAUGGGGUUUUAGAAUUCUAGGAAGACAUGCAUAUGGUAGCUGCAUUCUUUGUGUGACGUGAUUAUUUGUCUAUUGGGAUAAGCAUUUGUAAUUUAUUUUUGGUCAGAAUUCAUAGGAAGCCCCAGCAAGAGUUGUUCUCAAUAUUUUUUGAAGGGAGAACAUGGAGACCUGGAGAUGAAGCAUAGCAAUUUGUUCAAAUUCUGUAUUACUAUGUUAUGAUACUGCUUAAAAUGUAUUUUGAACUCAUAAGAAACUCGUAUUAGGACUUACAAAGGGUAUUUUCCAAUGUAAUGACAAAACAAAAACAGAGCUAAAAAAAAGCACAUCAAAGUAAUGGAAUCCUACUUAGUAUUUCAUGAAAAAUAUAUUU